GGAGGGUCACUACAUUUGUAAAUGUGUGCUGCUGUUCUUGAUGGCAGCAAUCGUUCUCUUGUACUCUCCAGGCCAAUGGGCUGCAGAGGGGGCUACGUGUUCAUCACAAACAUCCCUGCCGGCGCCACGGACAUUCUCAUCAUCGAGCGCCGGAAGACUGAGAACAUCCUGGCACUGGCGGAUGAAUCUGGGCGCUUCUUCUUCAAUGGGAACUCGGCCAUUGACAAUCCCCAGAACUUCCGGGUGGCUGGCACGGUGUUCAAGUACCGCCGCCCUUCCAACCUGCACGCGGAUGGUCUGGAGUACAUCAUUGCCCAGGGCCCCACCAAUCAGUCUCUGAAUGCCAUGUACUAUAACUUCAAUGGGAAAAUGCCCCAUAUAACAUAUGACUACACUGUGCCACACGUGCCCUUGGCAGCUCUCCGAACAGCUGCCCCUGCUCUCGAGGCACCUCUCUACCUUCAUCUACCAGACUCCAGCGCCAAACAUCCAGUCCCAGUCCCAGCAGACUCUGGGACUGUGCAUGAUUUCAAUGCCACUUGGCUGUCUCUCUCCCCGGACGAUGUCAGUGACCGGUUCCCACCUGGAGAAGAGCAUGGAGACCUGAGCUUCAACAGCCAGGACUUCUUCCAGAGUAACUCCACCACUCAGGCUGGGCCCUGGGGCUGGGAACAGAGGGAAGAGGAAGAAGAGAAGUUUGGCUUCCAGAUCAGACAAGUCUACCAUGCAAAUGGAGCGGGCAAGGAGGCAGAGGAGGAGGAGGCAGCGGCAGUAGGUGGAGAAACAGAUUUGGCCCCCAGCUUAAAUCAGAUUUCCAUCAGCACAGCCAUGCCCUACAGCGUGAUGAGGCCCGAGCUGCCGGAGAGCAGUGGGAUUGGGGCAGCCAGGCUCCGGCUCUUCAGGAGAUUGUGUCAUCGGGACCCACAAAACGCUGCCUUUUGCAGGGAACUGCAGUACCUGGCUGCCAAGAUGGGCUGGAAGAACUCAACCGCGAGGCUGUGGAACGAGCUGGUGGCCGGAUGGCCAGAAGGGCUGCGCAAAGGGCCUGCCAAUACGAACUUGCUGGAGAGCACGAAGGCCGAGGCUUAUGCAGAGAGCCAGGAGGAGGCAGCUAACUACAGUAUGAUUACAACUGUGCAGAACCCCCUGCUGGGUUCCAACUCAAGCCUCCACACUGCCCUCGGGAAUAGCCACCCGGCAGAACCCCUUCAAGCCCCUGGCCCUGAAAGCAACGAGUUUGAUGUGAGCCCCUUGGGCCAUGAUGACAUCAGCCUGGCCGACAUGUACCGGUGGAAGGUCUCUGCCUAUGCUCCCUGCAGCUCCACAUGCACUUCAGCAGGCAUCAGCACCUCCUAUGCCAUGUGUGUCCGGUACGAUGGAGUGGAAGUAGAGGAAGCGUACUGUGAUGCCCUGACCCGCCCAGAACCCACUCAUGAGUUCUGCACAGGGAGAGAAUGCCAGCCCAGGUGGGAGACCAGCCGCUGGAGCGAGUGCUCCAGGACCUGUGGGGAGGGCUACCAGUACCGGACCGUGCGCUGUUGGAAGAUGCUGGCUCCAGGCUUCGACAGCUCUGUUUAUGACGAGCUGUGUGAGUCUGCCGGGCUGGCCAGGCCUAUGGAGAGGAAAGCGUGCAAGAACAAGGCGUGUGGGCCCCAGUGGGAGCUCUCUGAGUGGUCGGAGUGCUCUGCUCGAUGCAGCAGUCAGGGGAUGAUGAAGAGGGAGGUACGCUGCUCAGUAGAGCCAGGCCUCUGCGAUGAGGCCCUGAAGCCUGUCAGUGAGAAGGAGUGCACAGGCCCACCCUGUGACCGGCGCUGGAUUGCCUCUGACUGGGGACCGUGCUCAGGUUCGUGCGGCAAGGGGCGGAUGAGCCGCUUUGUCGUGUGUCGCAACCUGGAGGGGAAGGUGAUCUCGGACUCUCAGUGUGACCCAGCUGUCAAGCCUCUGGCUAUCUACCCCUGUGGGGACAAGAACUGCCCUGCACAUUGGGUGGAGCAGGAAUGGGACCAGUGUGACGCCAGCUGUGGCCGGGGGGUGAAGACCAGGAGCGUGCUGUGUGCCGGCCUGGAGAACGGGGUGUACAGGGAAUAUCCGGAAAAGCGCUGCAAUGCCUCCCAGAAACCUGAGGUGCAGGUGGCCUGUUUCAAGAGGCCUUGCUCUACGUGGUUCACGACCUCCUGGUCUCAGUGCAGUAAGACAUGUGGUGCCGGCCUGCGGCUCCGAGAGGUGAAGUGCUACCAGGGAGAUGCCCUGGGACACGGCUGUGACCCAGCUUUCAAACCCGACGCCAAGCAGACAUGCCAGCUCCAGGUGUGCCCCACGGAGGCGCCAGAAGAAGACUGUGAAGACAAAACGACAGCCAACUGCGUGCUGGUGCUGAAGGUGAAGCUGUGCUCCCAUUGGUACUACAGGAAGGCCUGCUGCCGGUCGUGUAGGAGUAAGGCGUCCUGAUGGCUGCUACACCACACUUCCCUUCCAAGAUCAAGGGGCAAGAUCCCCUUAGAAAUAGACUCCACCAUAAACCCCUUUUCUAUGACAGAAGCCAUUCCACCUGGGGUGCUCCAUCACGGAGCCAGUCCCUGUAGAACAUCCUGCUCAGCUAGGAAGGAUUCCUUGGGCACACAUAGCAAUAACAGUCCUCUCUUCACCUAUAGGAUUUUAUAGAGAGACCAGAACUUCCUACAAAGCAACCAGAGCCUGGGCAGUGUGGGAGGUUGGUCCCUGCCCUCCAUCACCACCAAGGAGCUGCUCCUUUUCCCCACCACACUGCUAAUUUGUGGCCCUACUCCUGCUGGGUCUGCACCCAGACCUUCAGGGAUGUGACAAGGAGUCCCAGCAAGAGAUGGCCGAGUGUGUACCACAACUGGCAGCAGCUAGGCCAGCUGCUGUACCCUCCAGCCACAAGGUCAAUUUUCAAACAAAGUCAUUUGACAGUAAAACAAUAACCCAUCCUUUUGUAUUUCCUGCGCAUGUGUGUUCAGGCAUGGAGGGGGGGCAGAGCUGGAAUGGAUGGGAGAGCGUAUGUGCCCCAAGAUGGCUUCCAGCGCAGCACCGUGUAAAACCUGCCUGGCCCCGAUCAAAGAAGAGAGACUGCCCGCUUUAUAGUUCAAAGUCCUCAUUUAUUUCUGACAUUCACUCUGUAUUCACAGCCGAGCAACAAAGAUGUAGAGCAACAAGUAGAAAAGUCUGACUUCCCUGUUCCUUCCCUCACCCCUUAGCAGGUCUGAAGCUACAUUUUGGGCUCCCACUUGAGUUGUGUAUCUCUCACUUUUAUACUUAUCCACAUAUUCCAGCACACGUGCAAAAUGUGUUUAGUAUUUCAUGUGUGAUGGGGGUCUUCAGCUGUGGUAUACUACCAACCUCAGAUCACUUUGCCUCACUCAGGGCCACAUCAGCCUGCUAGAAGCCUACGGGUCACAUUUAACGUGUGUAUAAUGGAGCAAACUACAGCUAUCUUCCCUUUUAACAGAGGUGUGACCCACAGAGCCUACAGCCUGUCAUAUAAUGCACCACCUUGAUCCCAGCAACCGUCACUGGGAAGAGGUAGCAUUGCAUGCUGGGGCCUUUAGUCUCCUUGGGCCAUCCCUUCAUAUUAAAGAGGCAGAGCUUUGUGCUUUGUCUAGCCCAUGGGCUGCACUUUGAUCACCACAGGUCUUGUGGGGGUUAAGUUCAGGCUAGAGGGCUAGCUAAAGCAGGUACUAGCAUAUGAAAGGAUAGGACUUGUUGAGUUAGACCAAGGAAAACCCUAUCAGACACUAUCACCAGGGGAGUUUGCUGGUUGGGAUAGGAGCAAUGGGCUAUUGAACACUUGGGGUCAGAGGCCUUUGUUGCUACUACCGCCCUCCCAACAUUAGCUGGCUUUUUCUCCCAGGGUUGUUAAGAAGACACUUAAGAGGCAACUGCCAUAUGAGGGAGAACUGGAGGAUAUUCUAUUUAGGGGUCGCAGUGAG